CACGGGACUGGAAGUAUGCCCCACUUGCCGGAAGCCAGCAGCGGAUGACUAACGCCUGUCCUUGGUCCCGCGAACUGCAACUGUGUCCUCGCGAUACUAUUUCCCCCGAAAUGGCCGCCACAAGUCAAGGAAACUUUGAUGGAAAAUUUGAGGCACUGGAUCUUGCAGAAUUUACUAAAAAGCAACCAUGGUGGCAUAAGCUGUUUGGGCAGAAAUCUGGGCCGUCAGCUGAAAAAUAUAGUGUAGCAACCCAGCUGUUAAUUGGUGGUGUUACUGGAUGGUGCACUGGUUUCGUUUUCCAGAAAGUUGGAAAAUUGGCUGCAACAGCUGUAGGAGGUGGAUUCUUUCUACUUCAGCUGGCAAACCAUACUGGGUACAUCAAAGUUGACUGGCAACGAGUAGAGAAAGACAUGAAAAAAGCCAAAGAACAGUUGAAGAUUCGUAAGAAUAACCAAAUACCAACUGAGGUCAAGAGCAAAGCUGAGGAGGUUGUGUCAUUUGUAAAGAAGAAUGUUCUAGUAACUGGAGGAUUUUUUGGAGGCUUUUUGCUUGGCAUGGCAUCAUAAAAAAUACAACUUCACUCCAUUGUUUUUUAUUCCUUCUUUUUUCUUGCCAGUACCUUCUGCACUUAAACAUAGGACAAACAACACUCCUCUCGCUACUCUUGUCUUGUACCUUUCUCCUGUUGUGGCAAAUCUGAAUGGCUUCCAUAGGCUUCUCCUGGUACAAAGUUAAUACAGGCCUUCUCAUAAGCUUGACAUGUUGGAAAAGACAAUAGAUGUUGACUCUCCCAGUAUAUGCCUCAUGACUUGAUCAAUGAGUAGCUUAGUAAGAAUGUUCUCUUUUGAGAAAAAGACAAGAUCUGAGUAAAUUUAGAGCAUGGGGGUCAUGGGAGAGGGUAAAAGGGGAAGAGGAGGGGUAUGGAGGAGGGUAGAGAAAAAUGUAUAAUGCAGUAAAAACAAUAAAAAGUGAAAAAGAAAAGAAAAAAAUAUUCCCUUUCCGCUAUAUAAGAUCCUUUGGAAAAGCAGCGUAUACUUACCUUAGUAUAUGUUACAUGGAAAGGAAUGAAUACAUUUGCCUUUAAGCAUGAAAGAUAUUAGUAUCUUGGUUUGUGCCUUCUUUUUUAGUUGACUUUAGAUUAUAGAAAGAGGUACUUAUACAUGCUAUAAUUAUCCUGCCAAUAUGAUAGUAUAAGUAUUAUGACUAAAGAUUGACUAUAAAAUGAACUUCUGCUAAAGAUGUAUGAAGUAAUGUAGGUAUUGGACUUGAUAGGUGGAUCUUUAUGGAAACCAACUGCUAGAAAUUCAUUGUUGGAUGGUCAGAUGAGUCAUUUGUAGGUAUUAAGAUCCAGUCCAGAAAUGUUUUCCACCAUUACCACAUACUGCAUCUCAUCGCUGUUUUCAAGUAAUUUAGGUGGGAGAAGGAAGAAACUGUUAGAUAUUUAUUUCACAGAAAAUUUUCUGUUGUUUGAAAUUUUGUUAAAGUAUUAGGGGUAACAGUAUCCCUCUAUGGAAGUACUGUUGCUUUAUCCAGUUAGUAUGAAAUAUAACAUAUAAGCCAGAAUUUUAAAGAGAUGUUCCACACAUUCAGAAUUUAGAAAGACAGUGUUACCAUAUGUAAAAUAAAUUGUUUCCAUCUAAUGCAAUCUCUAUCAGAAUUAUUCUUUAAAAUAAAAGUCUGUGUACACUUCA